AUCAGUAGUCCUCUAGCACAACGUGAAUUUAAAAAAACGCGGAAACGUGUGUUUGUCUUCUGCGUGUCUUCUAUUGGGACAGUAGGGGAUAUUCGGGGGCGCAUUGCACACAGAGCUGCCCGCUAUCCAUCAUAAACCCUUAUUUUUGAGAACAGUUGUGAAUUGACUGCAAGAAACUCCCCGGGGCCAGGGAUUUCAUAGUAGCCUACCGCGAUUGUGGAUUUUGUGACAUUGGCAUACAAUGACAACUUCCAUCCGUACAAAGACAGAUCAUUUGGAUUCCACUGAACCCCAGGUUCUGGACUAUAUGCUGGUUCGUCACAGGAACUUCAACCUGAUCAAUGGGGUCCACUCUCCCGACGAGGUCGACCAGAUCCAAAACUGGGAGAUCCGAGACUCCGACAUAUUCGUUGUCACUUAUCCCAAGUCAGGGACGAUCUGGAUGCAGCAGAUUCUGACUCUGAUAGAAGCCAAAGGUGACGUCACUCCAAACACAGAGCAUCUCAACGCGCAGCGCGUCCCAUGGAUCGAGCUGAUUGGCAGUGAGAAGGAGUUUAACGCCACCCCUUCCCCCAGGCUACGGGUCACCCACCUGCAGUACAAGUUCAUGCCGCUCGCCGUCAGACAAAAGAGGGGAAAGGUGAUCUAUGUGGCCAGAAACCCUAAGGAUGUUCUCGUGUCCUAUUACCACUUCCACAAAUAUGCAGCCAUGCUGGAGACACCGAAGGACUUCAAUGAUUUCUUUGAGAAAUUCAUGGAAGGGAAAGUUUUUGGGAACUGUUGGUUUGAGCACAUCAAGACGUGGUACGCUAAUAGAGACAACAUGAACUUCCUGUACAUCACAUAUGAAGAGAUGAUCAAGGACCUGCGCUCCAUGGUGGAGAGGAUGUGCAGGUUUCUAGGGAAGGAUUUGACAGAAGAGCAGAUGGCCAGUGUGGUGGAACACAGCACCUUUAGAACCAUGAAACAGAACCCACAGGCUAACUACAAGACAGUGCCCGACUCCCUGCUUGACCACAACAAGGGCACGUUUAUGAGGAAAGGGACCAUUGGGGACUGGAAGAACCAUUUCACUGUUGCACAGAGCGAGAGAUUUGACAGUGCCUUCCAGGAGAAGAUGUGGGACCUGCCCCUCUCCUUUGUGUGGGACAUAAAUGACGUCAAUAGUGCCACGUGAUGACAUCAUAGUCACGUCUUUCAGGGAUUUUUUAAAUCCUUGGGCAGGCCCCCUAAGUAUUUUUUGGGGGUCACCUACAGUGGGGCAAAAAAGUAUUUAGUCAGCCACCAAUUGUGCAAGUUGUCCCACUUAAAAAGACAAAAUGAGAAGAAAACAAAUCCUGAAAAAUCACAUUGUAGGAUUUUUAAUGAAUUAAUUUGCAAAUUAUGGUGGAAAAUAAGAGUUGAGUUGAAAUAAAUAAUCCCAGAAAUUUUCCAUAGGCACAAAAAGCUUAUUUCUCUCAAAUUUUGUACACGUGUUUACAUCCCUGUUGGUGAGUAUUUUUCCUUUGUCAAAAUAAUCUUUCCACCGGUCUCAAGUUGAGGGUGUGCAAUUGGCAUGCUGACUGCAGGAAUGUCCAUCAGAGGUGUUGAAUGGUAAUUUCUCUACCAUAAGCCACCCCCCGUUUUAGAGAAUUUGGUCGUACGUUCAACUGACCUCACUUCAGACCACGUGUAACCAUGCCAGCCCAGGACCUCCACAUCUGGCUUCUUCACCUGUGGGAUGGUCUGAGACCAGCCACCUGGACAGCUGAUAAAACUGUGUUUACACAACCAAAGAAUUUCUGCACAAACUGUCAGAAACCGUCUCAGGGAAGCUCAUCUGUGUGCUCGUUGUCCCAACCAGUGUCUUGGACCUGACUGCAGUUUGGCGUCAUAACUAACUUCAGUGGGCAAAUGCUCACCUUUGAUGGCCACUGGCACACUGGAGAAGUAUGCUCGUCACAAAUUAAUCCCGGUUUCAAAAGUACCGGGCAGACGGCGUGUAUUGCGUUGUGUGGGGUUUGUCAACGUUGUGAACAGAAUGCCCCAUGGCGGGGUUAUGGUAUGGGCAGGCAUAAGCUUCAGCCAACAAACACAAUUACAUUUUUAUCUAUGGCAAUUUUAACGCAGAUACCAUUACGAGAUCCUGAGGCCCAUUGCCAUUCAUCCACCACCAUCACCUCAUGUUUCAGAAUGGUAAUGCACAGCCCCAUGUUGCAAGGAUGUUCACAAUUCCUGGAAGCUGAAAAUGUCCCAGUUCUUCCAUGGCCUGCAUACUCACCAGACAUGUCACCCAUUGAGCAGGUUUGGGAAGCUCUGGAUCAACGUAUGACAGCGUGUUCCAGUUCCUGCCAAUAUCCAGCAACUUUGCACAGCUAUUGAAAAGGAGUGGAACAACAUUUCAACAGCUUGAUCAACUCUAUGCGAAGGAGCUGUUGCUCUCCAUGAGGUAAAUGGUGAUCAUACCAGAUACUGACUGGUUUUCUGAUCCACGCCCCUACCUUUUCUCUUGAAGGUAUGUGACCAACAGAUGCAUAUCAGUAUUCCCAGUCAUGCAAAUCAAUAGAUUAGGCCUAAUUAAUUUUUCAAUUGACUGAUUUCCUUAUAUGAACUGUAACUCAGUAAAAUAUUUGAAAUUGUUGCAUUUAUAUUUUGGUUCACUGUAGUAGCUAUCAAUCCAAAAUGUAUCUAUAAAACAAUGUACAUUUUCUAUUUGGAGGGAAAUAGUUUGGCAAGUGUACAGUAACUUCUCAUGCACUGUACCCACAUGGUUUCAGUCAGUUUUGAAUGUGUAUAAAAAAGUAUUAAAUGUUUAAAGAAUUAAAAUACAUUAAAAAAAAGCUAAUGUCUUGACUCAUUUUAGCUGUAAGUGAUUGAAUAAGGAAACAGUGACUUCAACCAACAGUGUCUUAAGGUUUUCUGUAACAAUGUGCUGCCGCCCUCUGUGGGCCAGUUUACAACUGUCUUGUGAAAUCCAAGCCGACAAGCACUUAUUCCCUAUUAUCUAAAUGAAGUGAUG